AUGACAAGUCCGGUUAGUAGAAAAGUAGCAGUUGCUUUAGAUCCAGGUUCAGAAGAAACAGAGUACACAAUAGAUUGGAUUAUAGAAAAUUUCUUAAAACCUGAUAGAGAUGACGUACACUUGGUUUCUGCUUUAUACCUUAACUCAGAUUUCGAUGUAACAGAUUUGGGCAUGAACAUUAAUUAUGCUCCUGAAUAUGUUAAAAAAUGGGAAAAUGAAAUAAAUUGUAAAGUUGAAAUAAUAAAAACCCAAUCAGAUUCGCGUAAUCUUAUAGUUGACUAUACUGAAAAUGAAAAAGUUGAUGUACUUGUUAUGGGAACAAUGAUAAAAAAAUUGGGAGCAAAUUUAAAUUAUGUGAUUCCAAGCAUUCUUAAAAGAACUAAAGGUUCUAAUGUUUCAACGAUUGCUUCACAACCAACUCAACAACCAUAUACAGAGUCCAUAAUUAUAAAACCUUUUGUUAACCUUCCAAUUAACGAUCCAAUAUAUUCAAAACAAUAUCUUAUUACAAAAUCAAAUCAAUUAUAUAAUUGGUUCGAAAACCGUAGAAAUUUAAAACUUUAUCUUAAUGGAAAAAUUAAUAAAAAUAUGCUUGCAAAAAAGUUCAUUGAUCUAAAUAAAUAUUUUGCAAGCGGUGAAUUGGAAGCUAUAGAGGAACUUGUUACCCCAGAAUUUUAUCGUGUUAUAAAAAGAAAUUUAUUAAAUCGACAUCUAGGAACAUAUUAUUGGAAUGUCUAUGACCAAAUAGAACCUAAAGUUGAAUGCAUUCGUGCUGCAUCUAUAGUACUGGAUUCUAAAACAUCCUUAUAUACUCAAGUAAUAUUAAGCAUUGAAAUUGAUGAGAAUUUAGUAGUAUUUGAUAUAUUUGGAAAUAUACUUGCAGGAAAUAAAAAUUACAGUCAAAAGACUACAAGAUAUGUUGUGUAUAAUUAUAAUACAAGAGACAGACCAAAUCAAUGGAUAAUAGCAGGAACUUAUGAGCCUAAAAAAAUAACUAAAAGUUUUUUUAAAGAAACUGGUUUAUGGAUGUUAAGCUUAACAAGGGAAAGAUUUAAAAAUUAUUUGAAAAAUAUGAAAAAUAAAUAUUUGUAA